AUUCUGUAUAUAAUAAAGUUUGAACCAUAACAACCCAAAUAUUAUUAUGCAACCAUAAACCCUAAUGUCCUUCCUCAAACGCCUCACCCGCCAAAACUCACCCACCGUCACGCUCCUCACGCGCCACCUCUCCUCCGCCACCUCCUCCAAACUCCACGACCGUUACAAUUUCAUACCACCGUCUUCUAUCUCCUCCGAAACCGAAAGCCCCAAUGACACCCCAACCAAACCCAACAAGAAAAAGCCGAAGCCCAAGUACAAACCCACCUCUUCGCUCGACCGGACCGGCCGGAAACCGUUCAAUUCCAACUUGCCCUUCGAUUUCCGGUGGAGCUACACGGAGAGCAGCCAAACGGUGAGACCCAUCGGGCUCAGGGAGCCGAAGUACUCGCCGUUUGGGCCGGACCGGCUAGACCGGCCGUGGACCGGGGUGUGUGCUCCGGCGGUGGACCCGAAGGUGGAGUGUUUGGAGGGUGGGGAGGAUCUGAAAUUGGAGGAGGAGAGGAAGAAGAAGAGGGGGGUGAUUCAAGGGGAGCCACUCACCAGUGCUGAGAGGAAAGCCCUGGUUUUGCAGUGUGAGAGGAGGAAAACUAAGAGGCAAGUUAAUAUGGGGAGGGAUGGUUUAACUCACAACAUGCUUAAUGAAAUUCAUAAUCAUUGGAAAUUUACUGAGGCCAUCAGGAUCAAAUGCAUGGGUGUUCCAACUGUUGACAUGAAGAAUAUUGUUUCUCAGCUUGAGGACAAAACAUUUGGAAAGGUCAUUUUAAGACAUGGGGGUACACUUGUAUUAUACAGAGGCCGGAAUUAUAAUCCAAAAAGAAGGCCUGUGAUUCCUCUCAUGUUGUGGAAACCCCAUGAACCUGUAUAUCCCAGACUGAUUAAGACAACAAUUGAGGGCUUAAGUAUUAACGAAACAAAAGAAAUGAGGAAGAGAGGACUGAAUGUUCCUGCUUUAACAAAACUUGCCAAAAAUGGUUUUUAUGCAUUUUUGGUACCCAUGGUCAGAGAUGCUUUCCUCUCCAGUGAAUUGGUUCGGAUAGACUGCGAAGGUCUUGAGAGAAGUGAUUACAAGAAAAUAGGCUGCAAACUCAGGGAUCUGGUCCCUUGUAUUCUGGUGACUUUUGAGAAAGAACAAAUUGUAGUUUGGAGGGGGCAGGAUUAUAAGCCCUUCAAGGGUGGAUGCUUUCUUGAAGAUCGAGAAUCAUUUGAUGAUGUUGGUGACUUGUGUAUGGAUGAAGAAGAGGAACAGCUUAAAAGCAGCUAACGAGACUCAUGCUGCAGUCAGCUGUGGUCACCUGAUGUAAUCUUCAUUUGUGCAAAUUUGCAGGCAUAAACCAGAAGUUCAUUUAAGAUUGGAUUGAUGUGCUAUGAGUAGUGGUCAAAGAGAGGAACAUGUGAGAUAUUUGGACAUAAAAAGUUAUCUCCAAACUUUUCUUUGCCCCUGAUUCAUUCUGGGCUUAAAUGUAGUUAGAAGCUAACUGAAAGAUGAAGAAUGGGUAUUUAUAUAUACUGGCUAUUUACAGUGCCGAACUGCAGAUGUUUUAGGUUGAAAUUGUUUCAUUUUUUUAUGAUCUGCAUAGGUUGCUCGCAGCUGUUCUAUUUAGAAUUGAAGUUGUUUAUCAGGAGUUUUUUGUUUCUUUUGUAAUUGUCACAUUCACAAUAACCAAUUCAGAAUCAAAUUGUUAGUGAAAUGACCAAGCUAAAGGGCAGUCUUGGAAUUUUAAUACUUACCGUGAAAGGCUGGCUUUGUAUUUGUAGUUCUUGCUGAGGGAAUUUUGUGGUUUGCAGAACAGAGUCUCACUCCAGCUUACGGUGAAAACUCGGUUAAACAGUGCAGCAAGCAAGGUUGUCACCAAAUGGAAGCAGUUGCAUCACUAGUUAGAUAAAGCUUUUUUAGUUAUUUUAGUGAGUUUUAUAUUUUGAAUCCUUGAUGUUCUUGGAUUUAAUAAGACAACGUGAGUUUUACAUGGGUUUCGAAUAAUGUAAAACUUAUUCUUGUUUUGGAUACUGCACAUAUUUGUUAAUCUUAUUUCUCAAUCAUAUACGAUUUAAUUCUGACCA